CUCGGCCUCGCCCCUGCCUCCUCCUCCUGGGUUUUGGGCGGAAAAGAUUUCGUCUUUGGUCGAAGCCCUCCAUCGAAUUCCCACGCGGCGCCGGAACCCUAAUCGCCGCUUCCGAGAAACCAGCUGCGAUCUUGGGAUCUGGUUUGAUGUGCUCCUCCCUAUAAAUUGACGUUUCCGGAACCCAUACUAGUUAAAUGUUCCUCCCUUGAUUUCAUUGUUUCUUCUCCGAUGAAGACGCCGUUGAGUUGUAUCCUGGAAUUUAAAGCUCAUUGAUGUUGUUUCUGUUGUUUUCGUUGAUAGAUGGGUUCUUGUGAUUGACCUAUGCGAUAUAGUGGGUUGUUUCCGGAGACCUAAAUUGUGGUAGACUGUAAUCUAGGUCUCUGUAAGUGAUGGAUAUGAUCGGAACAAAUUCAUGACAUGGAUCGAUCAAGAUUGAAUCUUUUAUGCAAAAGGAAAACGGUAGCGACAUCCUUGCGUUCUACUUAGGGGUGACUAGAUGGAAUCGUUCGAUGUUAACACCCAUCUGCCUCCUCGGAAACGCCUGCUUGCGGAACUGAAGAGGGAGAAUUCCGAUUUUGAUUUCUUGCCCCCGGUGCCUUUCGUUUCUGGUGAUCUUGGUGCCCGGCUUCGUGAUGUUGUUAAUUCUCCUAGUUCGACUCCAGAAGAGAUUAUUGAGGUUUCAAAGUCUGUAGCUUUGGCUGCCGCUGAUGCUGCAGCGGCAGCAAGAAACAUUGCAAUCGAGAAAGAAGCUGCAGCUGCAAAGGCCAAAGCUGCUGCCAAGAGUGCACUACUGUUUCUGGACUCCAUCACGACGAGUAGAAGAUCCAGAAAGGGAUGCUUGACCAAAGCCAAAGGGAGAAAGAAACAAAUUCCCACAGAGCUUUUGGAUAAGACUGGCCAUCCUUCAGGGUCCCAGGAAACGGAUGAGGAACUAGCCAGGAAAUUGCAUCGUGCGAUGAAUAGCUCACCUAGAAUCUCAAAUAAUAAGCAAAAGAACAUUCACAAUUUUGGGAAAGAAGUUCUUUAUGAUGGUGGUGCUGUCUGUAACUUAAAAUCACCUACUUUGCAAGAGGAGAACACUACGAUGGGUAAUAAAUGUUUUAAAGAUGCAUCAGGAGAGAAGAUUGUAGUUUGUUCUGAAGCUGACAUUUCUGAAAGAGAGGAUGAGGAAUCCAAUUACUGCAUGGAGAAGCAACAAAAGGUGUCUAAGUUUAGAGUGACCGCAGGUGGUAGAAAAGUGAAAAUUAAACAAAAGAAGUUGCUUUUGAAUCAAUAUGAUGUUAGAGACCAAGCAGAGCUAAACAAAUUGCCAUCCUAUGCAAAUUGUCAUUCUUUCAUGAGAAAAUCAAAGUUGGACUCUUCAGAAAGUUAUAUGUCUUCAGAUGAUGCGAAGCCUUCUAAUUAUGGUGCCGUGUCAAUGAAGAUCACAUCAGCAUGGAAACCCAAGAAGAUUAAUGUGUCACAGUCUUCUUCUGAUAGCAAGAUUUUGCAAGCCUUGUGUUAAAAGUCCUCUGCUGUUGAGUAGUGGAUGAUAGCUUGGCCCCAAUGGAUAAUGAUUCUGGAGCUCAGUUUGGCAUUAUUGCCAUUUGGAUCCGAUCAUAAAUUCCAUUUGCAUUCUGAACAGGGAUUAAAAAAAGAUUUUUUUGCAGAGUAGCUAUUUGUUUUAUGGUUUUGUGUCUACAAGGUGCUUGAUUCAUAUUCCAUGUUUGGUAGUGGCUUGCUUUAGUCUGGUCUAGUGUGUCACUUGAUGUAUUACUUAUCAUACCUUUGUGUUACCCAUAUUUUUAAUCAUUAAUAAGGCUAUUGUUAAUUGUUGAUGGA